UCCCGGAUUUCCCUUCAACUUUUCUUCUUUUUUUCUUUUUGUUCUGUGCUGUUUUCAUCGUCACAUCCAUCCAUCCAGAGAGUCUUUGGAAUGAACUGUUUUCCUGCCUGCGUCGUUUCCAUGUCAGCAUGGGAACUGCCGUGUCCAAAAGGAAGAAUUUGAGAAACGAUGCGAUAUCCUCUGUGGCAGCAAAAGUUAGAGCAGCGAGAGCAUUUGGAGACUACCUGUCCCACACUCACCCUGAAAACCGAAACGGAUCAGCCCAUCUCCUGUGUGAAACCUUGGUGGGUCCCGACCCGGAAUCGCCAAGUGACAAGAUUGGCCCCUGCAACAACAACCACCUCCAUCCCACCUCUAACACAACCAAGGGCUUUGAGAACAACAACAAGCCGAGCCCGGUGAAGCCCCCACUGGGCUUACUCCAGCCACCACCUCCUUCCAUCACCAUCUCUACAAAGCCAGCACGUCUUUCCCUCGAGCGCAGCUUCUCAGCUGAGGAGGACCAGCAGAAGAGCGUGGAGUGCACCCUGCAGCCGGCCCGCGUCUAUACCAUCACCACCCAGCGCGGUAUGCUGAUGAGCAGCGGUCGGGGCAGCAAAGAGAGCCUAGAACUGGACGUCCUAAAGGAGAAGUCGGGGAGUGGCAGGCUGGUAUCCAAAGGUGGCUUGGUCCAGCCGUCCACCUCCCCUUCCUCCACCUCAUCAUCACCAACUCAGUACCACCAUGCCAGCAGCGGGCGUGGCACCACCAGCAGCAGCAGUGGGAGUCACCAUCAUAGCAACCACCACGGGAAUCACCAUCACCACAGUGGCAUAUCAGUCACCAACACCUCCUCCAGCACUGGAGGGGCAAGUGCAAGCAGCAGUAGCAACCAGCAGCAGCAGCAGUCUCUAAAUAUCUCUGGACCCCACCAUCAUGUACAACACCAUCACCACCAUCACCUGUCUCAGCCUCCACUGCAGACCUCAGUCAGCGCCCACAACAUCCGCAGCUGGGGAGAAGGUGGAAAAGGGGAGGCAGAGUGCAGUGGGUUGGCCUGUGACUCAUGUGGUGGUGCCCCCUCAAGGAGCCAAGGCUCUCUGGAUCUGGAGAGCACGUCCCGUGAGGCAGGCAAGCAGCACCGACGGCUAGAGCGGAUGUGGAGUGUGGACCGGAUGACUGGGCUGGAGAGAGAGGACACUAACUGGUUCCCCAAGGAAAACAUGUUCAGCUUUCAAACUGCCACAACAACCAUGCAGGCGAUUUCGGCUUUCCGGGGAUUUAUGCAGAGAAAGAGGAGAGAGAGGGAGCAGGAUUCAGCAGAAGUCAUCCAGAGGAACUUCCGGAAGCAUCUUCGGAUGGUGGGCAGCAGAAGGAUUAAAGCACAGAGUGGAGACUUGCAGGCCUCCUGUGGCACCUUGGAUGAAGGGGGCGUUGAUGACAAUGUCGAUUGGGAGGAGGAGAGAGAAAUGGAGCGGCUUGCCUGUGAAGGAGAUGACUUUGUACCUCCAAAAAUCAUGCUGAUCUCUUCGAAGGUGCCCAAGGCAGAGUACGUUCCCACUAUAAUCCGCAGGGAUGACCCAUCCAUCAUCCCUAUACUUUAUGACCAUGAACAUGCAACUUUUGAUGAUAUUUUGGAGGAAAUCGAGAAGAAGCUCACAGCUUACAGGAGAGGGAGUAAGUUCUGGAGGAUGCUCAUCUUUUGUCAGGGAGGACCAGGUCACCUGUAUCUACUGAAGAACAAAGUGGCAACCUUUGCUAAGGUGGAGAAAGAGGAAGACAUGAGCCAAUUCUGGAGGAGGCUGAGUCGCUUCAUGAGUAAAGUCAACCCAGAACCAAACCUCAUUCACAUAAUGGGAUGCUACGUCCUGGGCAACCCCAAUGGAGAGAAGCUGUUCCAGAAGCUGAAGAAUCUGAUGAGGCCUUAUUCUGUCGAGUUUGAGUCGCCGCUGGAGCUGUCGGCACAGGGCAAAGAGAUGAUCGAGAUGUACUUUGACUUCCGCCUCUACCGACUCUGGAAGACGCGCCAGCACUCCAAACUCUUGGACUAUGAGGAUUUUUUGUGACAAAGAAACCCUCAUAGUGGGUCAAGCUGAGCCGUCCAUUGCCACGAGGAACACGUUAAAAGGACUAAUCCAAUGACUCAACUGUAGUGCUCAAACCACGUCAAAGUUAAUCUAAAAACGGUCAUCCUGCUUUCAUCCUGGAGAGGAGGAAGAGGAGUGGCGGGGAGAAGAGGGCUGACGACAAAUGGAAACAUGCUGUGCCUCUGCUCCUCCUCAUUUUCAGAGAAAGGAUCAAACGAACAUAAAAGGCAAAAAAUACACAAAAGAUGAAAGGAUUAAAAAGCAGAGACACCUGGACUGAAGCUAAACUGAACGAAAACAUCGAAACGUGUAAAAAGAAUAUUAUUUUGUCAUCCAAACUGCUGAAACUCAUCUUCAUUAUGUGGUUCUGUGUUUUGACUGGACCUCUCAGAUAAUCUCAGAUCAUACAUAUACAUGAAUAUUCCAUCUGUGGGUGUGUGUAAAUAUAUAUCUCAUGAUUAUAUUAGCAUAGCUUUAGUCAUGCAAAUAAUACUCCAUAUGAGAAUAAUGAUGCAUCAUUUAUUUUUGAUGUGCAUUGUUGUGCAGUUUCAUAUGGAAAUACUUUGAAACAACUCAGGUUUUAGCCAUGAAGUAAUUAAUCUGUUUGUCUUCUAUCAAGAUAUUGUAAUCUUCAUUGCCAUUGCUUUGAAUGAAUGUAUUAUCUCUCUAGAAAUGUAUCUUCUGUUUGACAAGUUAAGCUUAAUGUUUCCGUUUAGAAAAGGUACAAUGUGCUGAUUUGUGUGUGAGAGUGUGAGGAUGUUUGUUUUCCAUGUAAAAAAAUAGAAAUCAUGCAGAUGUGUUGUGUGUAUUUUCUCUUAAUGCUUCUCUGCUAAAGCAAAAAUAAUUGUCCAUCAUCUUCAUCCUCCACAUUUCCUCUCUUUCUGUCGCUAAAUCAUACUUGUGUAAUUCAUGAUGUCAAGAGGGAUUUAACAGCCAUCCAAAUGCUCCGGCCCCUGUAGUGUAGGAGUUGCCCUUUUGAUCCCUCCCGCUCUUUUUGCAAAAGGUUCGGGCCACUUAGUCGGCCCCUGUCAACAGUGCCAGCUGCUCCCGCUAUCUGCCAAACACUCGCCUUCUCCUAAUGGCAGCCAAACGAGCUUCCGCCACCUUUUGCUGGGCUGUGAUCCAGUCUGAGGACCCCAAGUUCUCUGAAUUAAACAGAUCAGCCAGGAGUUGAAGCUGUUAACAGCCAUCUGCUACCCCUGCCAGGUGUCGCCUGGUUAAAAGGCCCCAAAUAUGCACAGAGUGUCCGAGACCGUCGUCACGGUACCCGAGUGACCUGAGCUGUGUUGAAUAGAUUAAAGAUGGCUGACUUUGGACAGCAGCUGAGCCUACUGCUAAACAGCAAUCUGAAACAAGUAUGCAAGUACCCACACACAAACAACACACCAACUACACACUAGGGCUGGGAUGAGAACAAUCUGUAAGGGCCUGUGUCCACAGCUGCAUUUUUUUGUAACAGAAGCGUCCGCAACCUCAGUUUCCAAGUAACUAGUGUUUAUUGUUACUGAGUUACAGUUGACUCAGUGGUAUCCAUGUGGUUUGUUUCAAAUUGCUGUAAGCUCUUAAUAUUUCCAUUUCAGUCAGGACCACUUUAUCAAGAAACGCACAUGAUUCGUGUCUAUAAAUAUUUCUUUGUUAGCAGUUUUUAAUUAGCACUUAUUGCUGUUAUUUAUGUUUGGGAAUAUGGAUGUUCUUUGAUCCCCCUGCCCUUCC